ACAUCUGCCUUCGUCAUUUUGAUCAAUCCUCUCAGUACGACUCCACUUCCUCGCGUUCAGCUUUUUUAUUAGACUCCUUUGCUCUUUGAACACGUCAUGUCUGCACAUGAAACUUACCCGGUGGACGAAGAGCCUCAGCCGCGCUCGUCAAUUGAGAGCAGGAGGUCGAGGAUGUCGAAGAUGACGAGCAAUAGCGUAGAGCCGAUGCCUCCUAUACCGUCUGCGCCGCCCUUGCUGCCUGAGACGAAGCUUGACGUUUCGUUGUCUUUCGAUUCGAUUAUCGGGGAUAUCAACUUUGAGGGUGCGGAUGUUGACCCAAAGAAGAAAGAGCUAAUGGAGAAACGACAGUCGAAUGUGCUGAAACUCGCUGAAGAGAACGAGAAGCUGAAUGCAGAGUUGAAGGCGAUGAGUGAACGACUGGCUGCUGCUGAGCGGCGGACACAGGCGAUACUUGCUGCUAGGGAACGGAAGGCGAAGCAGGGGUUGGAGAAUUCGGAGGGUGGACAACAACACCAGCAGCAUCAGCAUCAGCAGGGGACGUCUGCGGGCGCAUUCUGACGGUGACGAAAACACGGCAUAAUGACACUCAUUUUAUAUUCUUGGUGUUGUUCUGUUGUGGUGCUCUUUCUUCUUAUUUUCGACUUGAUUUCUCGUUCUUUCCCUUCAAAUUUCUUCUGUUUGUUCCCUUCAUCGUUGCUCUGCUCGACAAGACACAUGCAUGCAUUGUACCAGUUAAUAUACCCAGGGGUCCCUGGACUUCGC